AUGUUUAAAUCAGGAAACUUCUCACAAAUGGAAAUUAGGUAUGCUUAUGAAAGCUACUUAAACGAAUGGCAACAUGGAAAGGAUGAACAUGUGGUUUUGCCUAAUGUUGCAAGGAUCCCCAAUGUUAUGCUUCAAAAGUUAGAUCCAGCUAAUCCUAAUCUUAUGGCUUAUCUACAAACAAUCAACCCUUCUAUUGAAACAGGUGUUCUUCUGCCAAAAGGAAUAGCCGGUACUUCAAAGCGUGGCAAGAAUUCAAAGAACGAAGUUGUUAAGCCUGUUCAUGAAGAAAAUUCUAAAUCAACAAAGGUAGUUAUUCCUUCGGAAUCUGGGGUUCUCAAGUUGUCAAAGAAAAUCGUUCAUAGACCUCGUCAUUCUCCUGAAAGGCACCCUUUUCUUGAAAAUGUUACCGAGCAAUUUGUUUCUUCUCCUAGAGAGAUUUUUGCAUCAAAAAUCAAGAAUAUUUGCAAACACCAGAUCAAUCGAAAGGGGGUGCUUAUUAUGGAUAUUACUGCUCAUUUUCCUCCGUCAUCCAAGAAAAUGGACUCUCUUGUUAAGUUACAUGUUGAGGCGACAAGAAGUCUUGGUGGCGAUGUGGAAACAUUUCAUGUAGACACAACCACCAAUUUGAAUUCUCAUUCACAAGCAUCCAUCCCUAAGCAGACUUCGAUAGAAGAUAUUCAUCAUGAAAUGACACAUGAAGUUGCAAAAGUUGAUCGGAACUAUUCUAUCCUUCAUACUAAGGUGGAUAUAGUUGCUGAAGUUAUGAUGAAGCUUGUUGAGUAUCACACUUCUCUUCUGAACAUAGUUGAUGUAAUGUCCGAAUCUGAUUCCAAGACAUUUGUACAUCUGCAAGGACUACUAGAAGACUUGAAGGAGCUAAUUUUCAAACUUGCAAUUCCUCCUUGUUCAUCAGUUUCUCUAGAUUCAAUCUCACAAAUGCAUUCUUCAUUGGAAAGUUAUCUAAAGGCUGAUCUUGAUCGGUUCUUGACAUUUAUUAAGUUGAUGCCCAAAGCUGCCCCACCUGUUUCCACAGGGGUGCAAGGGGGAGAAAAUGGUGUUAGUACAUCAAGGGAUUCCGAUCAAGGAAAAGUUGUUGGUAAAGUGACUACUACACAACUUCCCACCUCAUUUCUGAUGUCCACAAUGACCUCUUCAACAUCCAUAACUUUUAAAUCAUUAACUAAAUGUAUAGAUAUUGGUUCAUUUAUUUGUGGAACAAGUUCGAAGCCACCACCAUCAUCUAAAGAAACAAAUGGAAAAUGGAAGGGUAGUAACAUUGAACCAAUUGAUGAAGAUAAGAAAAUUGCUUUGGAAUGCAAAUAG